ACACCUGCAGAUAAACAGCAGCAGCAGAUACAACACAGCUGUGACUGUACGGAUAAUCAUAUCUCUGCAGAGCCUCAUCCAGCUGCUAUCAGAGACAGUAUGACUGCUAACACCAGCGUGCUUUUUCUCAUCACUCUGUGGGCUACAAUGCAGGAGGGUUUUGGUCUACCGGUGUUGAAACAGCAGGAGGUGGAAGCUGCUGACAGUGUCCCGCAGAGAGCGAGGACCAAGCGCUGUGCCUGUAGCAGCAUUCUGGACUCUGAGUGCCACUACUUCUGCCACCUGGAUAUCAUCUGGGUCAAUACUCCCAGUAAGACCACAGUUUAUGGUCUCGGCAGCGCUCUGUCCAGACGCAGGAGAUCUACUUGCCGCUGCACCUGUGCCAACCCAGAUGAUCAAACCUGCGCCAGCUUCUGUCGUCAGAGCCCGGGAAUCACUUCCCCAAAGAGAUCUGUAAAAAGACGUCAACUCAACAUACUCAGCAUCCUACGAUCUGUGGCCAGCAGGAGAGCUCUGGAUGCACAGACAAGGAAUGCUCGCUAAAAAGCAGCAUGGCUGUUGGGGCAGCGAUGGUGAGAGAAAGACAGCAGCGAGCACCUGAACAAAUGACACUCCUUCGAUAGGGAGGGGGCAAACAAAGGGCCGCUGACAGACCCGAUGCAGGAUGGCCGGAGUGCCUCAAAGAUGUCUGUUUGUACCCGAGGAUAGAGGGUGGAAAAUAUGACAGAGUUCUGCAAACACAUCAUGGAGAUGGAUGUGGAGGAUCAGUGUCGAGAGGAGCAACUAUCAGGAGAGGACGUGGUGCACCACUGGUCAUGUUUGACUCCGUCUCACAGUGCAGACAGACCAGGCCAGCACUGACAUAGACGGAUGUAACAGAGGAAAAUAGACAUUCAUACUGUACAUGCAUGCACAGGCAGUGGUGGAAUGUAACUAAAUACAUUCACUCAAGUACUGUUUUAAAGUACAUUUUAAGUAUUUUAAAGUAAAUUCAUUUUGAUAGCAAUCAGAUUAAAAAAAUAUGUAUGCUAACCUUAGUAGAUAUCUCUUCAACACAAUACAUAGAUGUCUUUGACUAAAACUGUUAUACAUACAUAUUCUGCUAAUAAUGUAUGUUGAUUUUAAACAAAAAUGUAUACAUUUUGCACCUUUAAAUUUCUAAAUAAAGAGAAAAUUG